AUUUCCUUGUAUAGAAAGAAAACGAAGCCUAUAAAUGUCACACAGCAAAAAAAGGGUGUCUCUCCAAUUACGCAUUUAACUCAAUCAAUCGCGAGAGAGAAGGAUACAAUCAGAUAUAAGAUAUAAGAAGAUGGGGAGAGGAACCGAAGCUUUUCCUGAUAUGGGGGCGCACUGCGAGCACGAAGAUUGCAAUCAACUCGAUUUCUUGCCCUUCACCUGCGACGGGUGUCAAAAGGCAUUUUGUUUGGAGCAUCGAACCUACAAAUCGCACGGUUGCCCCGGAUCGGAGCACAGGAGCCGCACGGUGGUCGUGUGCGAGAUUUGCUCCGCGUCCGUGGAGAGGGAGGGGGGCGGAGAGGAUGACGUGGCCGCUUUGGAGCGGCACGUGCGAUCCGGCGCGUGCGACCCGGCGAGGAAGCGGAAGCCGCGGUGCCCCGUGCCGCGGUGCAGGGAGGCGCUCACCUUCUCCAACACCGCCACGUGCAGGGCCUGCCACGUCAGCGUCUGCCUGAGGCACCGCUUCCCCUCCGACCACGCGUGCGCGCCCCGGGUCCCGGUAACUUUGCCUGCGAGGAACGGGAUCCAGUGCGGGGAUCGGAAGGCCCGCGUGCGAUCUCCGCCGUCCGUCAAAGCAUACUGAUUAGAUUUAUAUAUAUAUAUAUAUAUUUUAAAAAUACUUUUAUGUGGGGAUUUUUUUUUUUUUUUGGAAGGUUGUGUGGUGUGAGUUGAUCUGUAUAAAGGAUUGUAGGGAUGGAACGAAUUUAUUCUUGUUAUACACUGCUGAUGAUGAUGAUGGUUACUAAU